AUGUCGGGGAUAGGUGCAGAGCUUCCGCCACAUCUUCUGGCAAAGAGGAAGAGACAGCAAGAGGAAGAGGCCGAGGAUGCUCCUGCGACAGCUUCCGGCGCAAAGCGCUCUGCGAGCCCGAACGAACCUGAGAAACGACGGAAAGUAAUGGGGCCGGCAAUGCCUCCUGCGCCGCUCGAGGAGAGACCCAGCGAACCACCGCCCCCUACAGAGGAAGACAGCAGCGACGAUGAUGACGAUUUCGGGCCUGCGCUGCCCACCGGGGGUGCCGCAACUGUGAGUAUGAGACAACCUCAGAAGCCGCAACCGGACGCUGACACGUAUAGCAAACACUUAACGAGGACGGAGAAGACGAUACUCAGGCUUCUGAUCCAUCGAGAACACACGCAGAAGAGAAGUUGAAAAGAGACGACUGGAUGAUGAUGCCUCCAAAACAAGACGAUCUGGCUGCAAGAAUGGACCCUACAAAACGAAGGCCUCAUGGCUUCAACACGGGAAAAGGCGCGAAAGGGCCGAACGCGCUGGCAGAUGACAGCUCUACAUGGAACGAGACACCGGAGCAAAAGCAGAAGCGACUGAGAGACGAGAUGAUGGGCAUUGGGCACUCAGCGGGUCCUGUACGGCAGGAGUCUGCCAAGUCGAAAGCGAAGGACGAUGCUGCGCACCGCAAGAUUCAAGAGCAUGCGGUAAGUACUCUGCCACCUGCCUGUUCUGUGAAGGUUCGACGUGCUGACGUUUCACGCAGGAGAAGACGCGAGGGCCAUCGUUGCUUGAACAGCACAGACAAACUAAAGGCGUGGAUGCAGAAGACGAUCCCAGCAAACGUGCGUUCGACCGCGAGAAGGAUAUGGCGAGCGGCUCGCGGAUCUCGACGGCGCAGAAGCGCGAGAUGCUCAACAAGGCGUCUGGGCUUUCGAGCAAGUUCUCGGGAGGUUCCUACUUGUAA